AUGACCUAUUCCUUAGGAGCAAACCCUAGUUUCCAAACUUAUGGUGUUGUUGACACAGGCAGUGACCUAACUUGCAGGAACGUCGUACACAAUACGCUCACACUUGCUCCUUCUUCUACAAGUGAUAUUGAUGGUGGUAAAGUGGCAUUUCCUAAGACCUUGUUUGGCUGUGCUGAUAAAACUACGGGUUACUUUGUUUCUGAGAGUUCUGGCAUUGUUGGUCUGGGACGAGGUUCAAUUUCGUUAAUCUCACAAAUGGGUUCUUCGAUUCAAGGCAAAUUCUUGUACUGUUUGACUCCAAUGUUUUCUGACAAAUUAAGCAAGUUGAAUUUUGGUCAAAAAGCUGUCGUUUCUGGUUCUGGGACUAUCUCUACUCCACUUGUGAAGACAGACAAUGACAAUUACUAUCACAUGCAUGGUUGGCCAAUUGAAGAGGGCAACACAGUAAUUGAUUCUGGGUCAAGGUUGACAAUACUACCUCAAGGGGUAUACUUCAAAGUGGAAUCAGAAGUCAUAGCGAAGACUAAAUCAGGUCAAGCAAGAAUAACACGAGCUUUUAGCCUUUGGUAUGCAUCAGAAAGCAUUGAAAGCUUUGGAGCUCCCAUUAUUACUCUUCAUUUCAGAAGUAAUGCACAUGUCAAGUUAAAUCCAAUGAACACCUUCAUUUUAGUUUCGUCGGGCAGAGUUUGCUUUGGUUUUCGUCCCAUGAUGCGAAGUGUAUCGUUGACAGGGAACUUAGCUCAAGUGAACUUGUUGGUUGGGUUUGACCUUCAAAAUAAUAUUGUUUCCUUUAAGCCCACAGAUUGCACUAUGUUCUAA